AUGGCCUCACAGAACCGUGACCUGGCUGCUGUCAGUGCCGCCGCAGCCUCCUGUAAGGGGGCCGAGCCUGGGGUUGGCGAGGCCUGCAGAUCCGUGGGCAAGAGGUUACAGCAGGAAUUGAUGACCCUAAUGAUUGAAGAAGAACUGAGGUACAAGCUCUCCCUGGAGUUCCCCAGCGGCUACCCAUAUAAUGCUUCCACUGUGAAAUUUGUCACACCUCGUUACCAUCCUAAUGUGGAUACCCAAGGCAAUAUCUGCUUGGACAUCCUCAAGGACAAGUGGUCAGCUCUGUGUGAUGUCAGGACCAUUCUACUAUCUAUCCAGAGUCUGUUGGGAGAACCCAACAUUGACAGCCCAUUGAACAUACAUGCUGCUGAACUUUGGACAAAUCCCACAGCCUUUAAAAAGUACCUGCUGGAAACCUACAUGAAGCAGGUGACUAGACAGGAGCCCUGA